AAGAAGGAAAAAAAUCACUUUCAAUUGUCAAAACAGAGAUGGAGAAAAAAACCUAAUUUCAAAUGUUUAGCUGAAAACUUUUUCCUUUUGUGCGCUGUAAAAGUGCUGCAGAUCUCCAUUUAAAGCGAGAACACACUCAUAUAAAUCUAGUCGACGGUAAGCCGGUUGAAGCUGGUUGGUAAACGUGCCCGCUCCUCUGCCACCAAUGGAUGACGAUCUUACCGAGUAUGCUCCGGAUAUUCCGGACAAUGUACUGGAGUUGAUUUUCUCGUACCUAAAGCUACAGGACCUGCGAAAUUGUUCGCUAGUGUGUAAAAGUUGGAACCGCUUUUUGAACGACGAAAACAACGAGGUGUGGCGGUCCCAGUGUAUGCAGAAACUAGCUCCCGACGCGUUCAAAAACGAUCUGCUAUCGGUAGUGCCGACCUACAAGGGAAAACUGAGAGCUUUCUACCACGCAUGGAAUCCAUAUGAUUGCAGCCGACAUGUGUAUAUCAAACCGAAUGGAUUCACACUGCACAGGAAUCCAGUGGCCCAAAGCACGGACGGGUCUCGUGGGAAAAUUGGAUUUCAGCAUGGGAGACAUGCGUGGGAAGUCAGGUGGGAGGGUCCUCUAGGAACAGUUGCAGUUGUAGGGAUUGCAACCAAGGAUGCUGCAAUACAGUGUCACGGUUAUUACGCGUUGCUAGGAGCCGACGAUCAGAGCUGGGGUUGGAAUUUGGUGGACAAUCUGCUGUUACAUAAUGGCGAUGCGCAUGGAAUCUAUCCACUGCUCAACAAUGCGCCCAAAUAUAAGGUCGGUGAGAGAAUUCGCGUAAUUUUGGACUGUGACGAUAAUACGUUAUCGUUUGAGAAAAACUAUGAAUUUUUGGGAGUAGCUUUUACAGAUUUACCGGACAAAAUUUUCUACCCGACGGUAGCAGCAGUGUACGGAAACACGGAAAUAUCGAUGGUUUAUCUGGGUCCGCCGCUGGACGGCUAGUGUCUGGGAGACGGACAGUACGCUUACCACUUUUAAACCGCUGUUUAGACGAAUAGGAGUAAUGUUUAGCGUCCACCAUGUGCCGCUGAAGUACGUAUAUCUAUCUCUAUCUCGCCGGUGCUUUACUACUGCCGAUGGAUAGGCAGAGACCGGAGCAAUCAACAAAGGACACCCGAACUAUCUUUAAAUGUUGUUUUAGUGGAAUGGUUUAUGGGUUAUGUGACGAGAACGGGGAUAUAGUACAGUAACUAAGCGAGUAUUAUUUUCUGUUGAUUGCCAUUAUAAGUAUUAGUAUGUGUCAUUCCAAAUUUUUAGGUUCCAUACUUUGAAUAGUUUUAUGCUUUUAGGUUAGAGUUUUAGGUACAAUUGUGAGGCUGUUUUCAUAGGUUUUAAUAUUUAUUUUUCUAUUUAUUUUAAGUUAUUGUUUUUUUUUUGUUUUAAGCGAAUGCUUUUGCAUUUUGUUCUACCUUCACCAAAGAAGGUGUCAUUUGCAUUUAUAGCUAGAAAGUUUUCUUGAGAGCUGUUGUAUUGACGAUAAGUUACUAUAUAUACACAAACACACACACGCCCCAACAAAUACAAUCUAAAUCACGCGGAUAUUCGAUCGUUAGUAAACUGUUUUCUGGAAUGUUUUUUUGUUUUUUUUUUCAGAACAACCCGUUAAAGUUUUGUUUUCUACCGGAUGUUAACUAAUAAAAAAUAAAUCAUUCCUGAAUAUUACCUCCAGACAAAAUAUUACUAAAAAUCAGUUUCCAGGAAACAGUUAUCUGAGCAUGCACAGUCACUGGUUAGGAUAGUAUUCCGGCUGGAAGAAAGAACUUACACAAUUCAAUCUACAAAAGAAGAAAAAUCAAAUUACUCAAGAAAAGUCAAUGAAAUAUAUCCGCACGGAAGCAGCGAAACUUUGUAUCGUUUUCCAAACGGGAUUCUGAUGCUGGUUUGAUUUUAAUAAUAA